GGGUUUGGUUGCACAUAGGCUGCAGUUUCAGUUUGUUUUAUUCACCAUUUUGAGUAGCUGAAGGCACAAAAAAAUAAGAAUAUUAGCGUUUGGAGGACACAUCGGUGCAGUACUUUUAUUUUUACGCGCUCGCUCGCACGGUGGAGUUGUGCUCCAACCUCGGGGUUUUUUUUUUGUAGAGCGGGAAUCUCUAUAUUCCUUUUUUUCCCCUUCUCCCCCUGUGUGCUUCUUCCCCCUUUUUUCUUACAUCCUUUAACCUCUACUGUAUUCCUGCAAAAUGUCAAGACCAGUAAGGAACAGGAAAGUGGUGAACUACUCACAAUUCAACGAGUCUGAUGCAGAUGAGGAGUAUGGGGAGAAUAAGCCUAAGAAGGUGCGUGCCCCCCCACGUGAGCCCAAGCACAAACGCGUAAAGAACUCACAGGAUGACAGCGAGGAGUCUGACGAGAAAGUCACUAAACCCAAAAAUGACUCAGCAGAUGACUUUGGCAGCAACGAGGAAGACAACGAAUUCGCAGAGGAGGAAGGAACGGAUGAGGACGGAGGAAGUGACUAUGAAGAAAAAAAAGGCAAAAAGGGAAAGAAAGCGAAGGUUGAGAAGCCCGCCAAGAGAGGGCCGAAGAGAAAACGGCCUGCAGAUGACAGUGACGAUGAGAAGGAAGUGAGUCGAAAGCGUACCGUGCGCCAGGCGGCCUCCAAGGCGGUGUCCAAACAGAGGGAGAUCAUUCUGGGAGACGCAGGCAGCGAGGACGAGGAGAAGGAGGACCAGGAGGAGGCCUACAACGACCCUUAAGACCAAAACUCAUCGACGAGGGACGUCACGGUGGAGGACGACGAUGACAGCGAUUACGGUCGCUCCAAGAAGAAGGGCAAGAAGGUGAUCCGAAGGGGAAGGCCGGAGAAGAAGGAGAAGAAGAGCCCCAAACCCCGACUAAAGGCCACAGUGACCCCCAGCCCGAUGAAAGGAAAGGGGAAGGGGCGUCCCAGCACCAAGACCGUGGAGAAGAGCUCACCCAAAGAGGAGGAAGAGGAGGAGCCCGAGAGCCCCCUGGAGGAGGAAGAAGAGGAGGAGGAGGAGGAGAAGAAGGAGGAGAAGAAGGCCGCCGUGAAGAAGGAGACUUCCCCCGCCCCCAAGAAGACGAAGGAGGCCGAGGAGGAGGAAGACGAAGAGGAAGAGGAUGGCUCAGAAGAGGAGGCGCCUUCCGGAGAAGACUAGACGAAGAUGGUACCUCCCCCCCCCCCACCCCAAAAAACCUCCCCGCCAACCUGAAGCCCAUCGUCUCUUUCUCCGUCUCUUCUCAAAGUUUUGUUGCUCUGCGUUUAGAGGUUGUUUUAUUUUGACUUUUUUUGUUUCUCUCCUGGUGGCCUGGCUCAACGGUUUGGACUUCUUAUGUGUGCUUUUUUUAUUUGUUUUGCUUCUCCCCCCCAUCUUCUCCUAACUAAGACAUUGUGCUCAUGUGAUCAUCCGCUGUGUGAAAGGAGUCCCUACAUUCAUUCUGAAUUUACUUUAGUGUGAGCCUUCCCCCCCCCCCCCCCCCCCCCCCCUCCUCCAUGAGCUCAGUGCUAGCGAGCAUCCGUCCUGAUUGUGAAACAGAUCCAUUCGCUUGUUUUUAGUUUUUUUUUUUUUUUUUUUUUCGCUCACUGAUACCUGCGAUUACUGAGCGUAUUGUCACACAGCUUCUCAGUAUCAGCUACUAAAGCGCUGUAUUUACAAAGCUUAAGUCGACACACGCAGCGCCGGAAAGCCUUCUAUUUGGUACUUGUGUGCUUUUUAAAACCAGAAGCAUGUUUUAACACGGGAGUUCGGUAUUUCAAUUUCUUUUUUUUAAAACGUCUCCCCGCUUCUUUUCUCCUGGUGACCUUUUUUUGUUGCGUGGCUGCUGCUCCAUCAUUUUCAACGCGUUAUCUUAGACCGGCGGAGUGUUUUACUUCGCACACCGUCACAUGUUUCAAGCCAGCAUGUGAGUUAGUGUUUUAAGUACUCGAUGAAAUGCUUCUUUGGUGGGGGGGGGGGGGGACUUCCUGUUCUGUUCAGCUGCCUAUGUUAAACGGUUGCUGUUGUUCUAUGUUUGGCUUUCUAACGAUGCAGCUCUUUACGUGAAGAAACCCCCCCCCCCUCCCCCCCCAUUAACCCCUGCAUGGCUACAGCAGCUUCUCAACAUUUCAGCCCCUUGUGCCAGGCACCCCCUUUUUAUUUUUCAUGAAAUGCAAGAAGAGAUGUUUGGUUUUAUUUAGUUUUUUGUUUUUGAGAGAUCAAAAAAAUGAAUGUUGUUUUUUCUCCUGUUGUUCUAAUUCUCUAUUCAGAUUUUUUUUUUGUAAUGUUUGUUUUUUAAGAAAAGAAAUAAAAUGUAUCUUGAUUUUAAAGAAAAAAAGUCGACCCUAUCCAAUCUGUUGUGAACGGCCUUCCCUUGAUUUCCUCCUCCUGUAUUCUCACUCGGCUUACUGUUUGCAUCCUUGUGUUUUUCAGAGCAUUUGUUUGCCCCCGUUUCUUCACAUGCGGAUACAUUUUUUACAGUACUAAGGCUCGGAAAAGAUUUAAAUAAAGGUGGCAGCUCGGUCUUUAUCCAGCA